AUGUUUACGCAACGAAAAACUUACAGAAAACUCUUUUGAAAAUAUGAGUUCGAUAUAAUAAUAUAUUUAAAAAAAUGGUAGAAUGAUGGUUGUCAAUUAUUAAAUUGUGGAUAAAUAGAAGCAUUUACAAGUUGAACUUGAAUUAUUGUAUAAAUUUUCCAAUGGAAAUAAAAAUUUAAUUAAUAUUAAAUGAAUUAUAGUAAUCAUCACACAUACAAUCACUGCAAUAACGUAUCAACCUCAAAUUCGAGUAAAAUUUUAUUUCUUAUGUAGUCUGUUACUAACACUUGGACCAGUUUUCGCAUAUUUUUGAUAAUACAAACUUAAGCUAACUCAAAAUAUGGUAAUUCAAGAUUUUUUGUACUUACAUCUCAUUUAAAAGCAAAAUUCAAGCAGCAGUACUUAAGCAGAGUCAGAGGAGUAACCAGAAAGGAUCGAUUAAGAAACGAAUCUAUGAGAGAAGACUAGAAUAUAGAACCAGUAAUUGAAACAAUUGAAAAGAAGAAGCUUCAAGGGUUUGGGCACCUUGAAUGGAGAACAAUAGACCGGCAAAAAGGAUUUAAGGAUUUGAUAAGCUAGAAAAAUAGAAACGAGGACGCCCAAAGAUAUCUCUUGGGAAACGAAACCAAAAUUGCCGAAAUUUUCAAAUAACAUGGAAAAAUCUAUUGAUAGAAACGUUGGAAUUUUGUUUAUGAAUAAAAAGACAUACACCAUGACAAGAUUUUUAAGCUUUUUAGUGAGAAUUCAAUGCCGACAUUUCAUAUUGUUAAGAAACUCAGUAGAAACACGAGUGGUGUUUUUAAAAUUUCAUUCUUCGAAUCAGUCACCCCUGUGCUUUACUUUUCACAGUUCAUCCUAUUUUUCAACCUGAUACCUGACACAUGAUAUGAAUAAACGUAGAGGAAACCCAGAACAUCCAGAUAUAUACAGACUGUAGUUAGGGUGAUCUGCCUUCUAACUUAUCAUUUGAAGGGUAGUUUCAAAUUGCUUCAAACUAUUCGAUGUAAUUUUAUAACAGCGUAUUUUUCUAUGAGAUUUGAAGGAUAUCAUGGAGCGGUAUCAUAAUCAAGCAAGAAAUUGCUAUCACGACAUAUUAUGACACAAUAUUAACAUAUAAAAUGGAUACUAUUAUGGAGCUACAAAACGAAAUUGUUUUUUAAAAAAAACUCAAUCAACCAACAUUACGGGCAACUUGUGAGAGAGAAGAAAGUCUCCAAACAAUCCUCUGCAUGUUACAGAUCACCAGUAAAAUAAUUAUCAGUAAAUUUUUAACAUUAUUCAGUCGAUUUUGUAUAUAUUAUUUGUACAUAGCGAUUCAAUUAAAGUAAAUAUGUACUGUUUCGAAAUUUGAGAAGAUUACGUUACGUCAUGGAAUAAUAAAAGUCUUUUAAUUUACUUUUUUAAUAUUGUAAUAAAAAUUAUUAAGUUGAUUGUUUUUUUAUUCGAAAAAGAAAAUGUUUUCGGAAUUAAAUAAGAUUAGCUUGGGCGUAAAGUCAAGUAGCAUCGACUUUGAAAAUUGAGUUACCUGUCUGAGAAGUUCCGUGGGUUACCUCUUCUGGUUUUGAGAAGCAUAAUAAAGAGAACUAAGUUCCUGAAUCGGUGCUCUAGGACUUUACGAAUAUGUAGCAUAUCUGUCCAGAUUAGUUCUAGCAGAGAGGGCACACAAUAGAUAUUUUAAAUUGCUAUGCAGGUAUAAACCUCUUAGUCUUAAGUCCUCUCUAGUCUGUGUUAUAAUAAUAAAUGUAAGUACCGUAGCAUACGUCGAUGGACAGCCUCGCACUCACAGAGAGAAAGGCUGAAAAAUUUUCAGGAGAUUCCCAGAUAUCCUUCAGGUAGUAGAGCAUCGAACAAUGUCCUGUUGUUUUGGGUCCAAUUAGUAGAUUCAGAUCAUGUUUGUGAUAACCUCUUGUUGUUCCACUUUUUAUUAUCAUGAGCUAUUACGAAAUCUAUACAAAGUUGUAGUCCAUUGAAAAGAGUUCUCCGCCUUUGUUAGCCAGCUUGUUUAUUCCCGUGCACUCCAGUGUUGCCGGGUACAUCAAAGUUAUUUUAUUGUUUGCUCCUAGCUUCGACUCAAUGUUUGAUUGAAAAGUUUUCGGCGUUUUUUCCAUAAUAAUUUUUCUUUCGCAACAGUUUCCUUCUAAGUUUACACAGUGACGGCUUUUUAACGUUUUUCUCUUAAAACUCACAUCUAACGUUGGAAACUUUGUAGACAAUCCUCGUAAAUUUAAACACAAUUGAAUGAAUAGUUAUUUGUAUGAACAUCACGUUUUAUUUUUAAUGCUGCCAUUUUCUCAUUUUUACACAAAUGCAAUAAUUAGAAAAUAUUAAGGUGUUAAUUUGUAUAUUACAAACAGAAUAACAUCGAACGAAGACGUACUAGGACAUCCAGUAUAUAAACAAUAUACAAAUAUUUUCGUCAACAACUUUUUAUCAAAAAGUAGUCAACCUGAUAACAGGUAUAUAAAUUGUUCCAAACAUUUAGAGUAUGUUAAAUCUGUUAAUUAAAAUAAUAUCUUAUUUGAAGAGUAUUGUUUUGUAAAUAAUGGAAACUUCAACUUCACGAAAAAGUGUUUCUCUCAGUCUAGAUCACCUCUUAGAUUAUAUACAUUUGGAAAGAAAAAAGUUGGUGAUAUUAGGAGACGAGGGCUGUGGUAAAACGAGUCUCUUGAGGGCGUUCACUAGAAAACAAUCCUCAGAAUACGUUCCUAAAAUUUUGGAAUACUCCAUAGUUAAUGUUAAACUACCAGAUAAAGAAAUUGAACUCGCCAUGUGGAAUACUGCCGGACAAGAACGUUACGACUGCUUGUGCAACAUCAUCUAUACAGGAGCAGACGUAGCUCUGAUAUGUUUCUCUUUCGAUAAACCUAAAUCUCUGGAUAAUGUGGUCACCAAAUGGUAUCCAGAAUUAAAGAGAGCCUGCCGAAAUAUUCCAGUUAUACUAGUUGGAAACAAAAUUGAUCUACGUGUGAAUAAAAAAAUGUACAAACUGAAACGAAUCAUAGGGAAAUCGGACGGUAGGGCUACGGCUAGAAAAAUAAAAGCUUUGUGUUACAUAGAAUGUUCGUCAAAAAAUAAUGUUGCAGUUAACGAUGUAUUUGAAAAUGUGAUAAGGGCUAUUUCUACCCCUGAAAAAAACAAAACAAGAUCUAGUAAAUUAUUCUUUAUAAAGAGUAAAGUUUAUGGUUAGCAUUUUUUUGUAAUAUUUUUAAGUAGGAGACGUUUUUAAAUACAAUUACGCUGUAAAAACUAGUUUAUAAUAUAAUUUUCUAUUGAAACUAUUAAAGGAAUUAAACAUUGUAUAUAAA